AUGAAUCAUUUUACAUCUGAAGUCCUCGAGAUGACGCAACUCUCCGUAGCAUGUUUAGUGAUAAUGUGCGGAUUGUGCUAUUGUGAAAGCGUGCCCAGCCCGACCUACACUUCUAAAUACGACAACGUAAACUUGGACGAAGUAUUGGCAAGUGAGCGCUUGCUCACAGGUUACGUAAACUGCCUCUUGGACUUGGGACCGUGUACUCCCGAUGGCAAAGAAUUAAAAACUAACUUGCCGGAUGCAAUAGCGAACGACUGUAAGAGUUGUACAGAACGUCAACGGGAGGGUGCUGAUAAAGUCAUGCAACACCUUAUAGACAACAGACCAGACGACUGGGAUAAACUUGAACAAAAAUAUAAAUCUGAUGGCAGUUACAAGCUGCAGUACUUACAGAAAAAGAUAAUGACAAAGAAAACUAAAGAAGACGAUAAAAAUUCCGAAGAAAUCCGCGAAAACAGUGUAGAAAAAAAA